AUGCGACUUCUUGGACUUCUACUCGCGACACUCAGCCUCUGCUGCGCCCUGGUCGCCGGCUACACCAACAGUUCCAUGCUCAUGGAUGAGAAUGACUUCUUGAGAAAGCGCUGGUAUGGCGUACCAGAGUACCCGGGUAAAGGCAAAGGCAAAGACCCCUUCGUCUACCCCUGGCCCGUCGUCUGCGAGAACCCCUUCAUCCAACCCGUCUACUACUGCUUCCGCGACAAGCGAUCCGCCGAGAACCUGCAGGAAGUCGUCAACCAAGCCAUCGCAAAAUGGGGUCACGCCAUGAGCGUCUCGGCCUUGACCUUCGAACUGGACCCGCUCACGAAGGGCGACCCCACCAUGCCGUGCAGUCAGCUGGAGAGCAAGUUGCAUGACUCGCUCGUCAUCUCUGACGAGUCCCUUGAUGACCCAGACCUGAACAAGGUCAAGAAACACUUCAAUAGUGGCUUGUGCUCGACCGCGACGACGGUUGGGUAUACUUACGAGCCCGCGGUUCCGUUCAGGCAUCAUCUCAGGUUCUGUGACCUGCAGCCGUGGGAUGCAGAGGCGGAUAUGGCGCAUGCGGUGAGAUCUAUGACCCAUGAAUUAGGUCACGCAAUCGGUCUCCAGCACGAGCACCAACGGCCCGAUCGUGACAAGUAUAUCGCGAUCAACUACAAGAACAUGGAAGGCUACGACGACAUCGAAGCUCUCGUGAAAGAGGACGAAGAAGAGUACUUCCACGAGGACGUCACAAUCGAACGGAGGAUUCACGCAACGUACGUUCGCCAGAAAGACUGA